CUUAAUAACUAGACAAGGCUCUGGACCACAUCCCUAGCUGUUCAAGUCAGCAGGCGCAGCUUUGGACCCCCGUUUGCACAGCAGCAUCUGAUUUACUGUGUUGACUUGCUAUAAUCUUUGCUGCCUGGCAAUGUACGGGCCCUGCCACCUGAAAUGAAAGCUGGCUCGAAACUGGCUUUCAAGUUGUUCCACUUUUUCAAGCACUAACUUUAUAGUUGGUUGGUUCUUUUUGUGUAGCUGGAUGGACAUUUUUGUCAUGCAGUAAUUACUUUGCAUGGGCGACUGGUCUAAAUUUGUUGUGCAAUUCACCAGUUAAUUGCCUGAUAAUUACUUUGUAUGUGGUGUCGGCCUACUUUUAUUGUGCAGUUCACUGAUGAAUUGUUUAACAUAGAUAACGUGACAAGGGCUGUAUGUUUGAUAACUGAAUUCCUCAGCCCUUGGUUUGUUGUGGGUUUACUCCUAAGUGCUGGGCUCCUGCCAUAAAUACUGAAGGGUCCUUGAACCAUUUUAAUUCUGUCAUGUACUGAGUUCUCUCUCUGUCUCUCGUCAAAGUGGAAAGUAAUUGAGGAUAACUAUAAGGACCUUGUUCCACCUUAUGCUAAAAGCCACGCAAAUGUUAAUCUGGUUAGUGUUGUUCUGCUUAGUGGAGCAGCCGCAUGUUAACAUGAAAAACCAUCUCUGACUAUCCUUCACCUGCACAACUGUGACUUGUCACUAGGCUUGGUGAGCAGGGGCAGGACCAGGAUCUGGGGGCAGAGAGCACAGCAUCCCUUUAGCACCUGGCUGCUGCAGUGUCUCCCGUUGCUGCACGCACCAGCUCUGCUCCCACUGGUCAGAGCAAGUCCCUUUGAGCAGCGGUGGGAGGCACUGUCUACGCCCCGCCCUGCCCAAUGCUGCUUAGACUGGCUUGCUCUACCUGGCAGGAACAGUGAGCCAAUUCAAGCAAUGGCUGGCUGCUGCUGUUGCUUGGACUGGCUUGCUCUGCCUGGCAGGAGCAGAGCUGGUUUGCAUGGAUGCAGGAGCACCGUAGCCAUCAGGUGCUCUGGGGCUGCUAUGCUUGCUUUGCCCAAUGUGCCUGGGAUGCAAGGUGCUGUGCCCGCCCCGCUGUGCCCCAGUGUCCCUGCUUGCCCUGACUCAGGACGGGCAACUGAGAUGCUGGAGGACUUCAGUUUGGGUAGAACAGCUGUGGAGAGUGGCCACACCUUAAUGGAAUGGGAGCAAAAUUAGGCAGAUUAAAGAUAAAUUUUCCCUGGAGUGGUGUAAUUGUUAAACUGAAUAAUGCGUGCUUUAAACCACUUACAAGAUGUUAAUAUGCAGCCAAUCCAGGUGUUAAGGGCUCCAGAAGCUGCCUAAAAUUACUAGGUAACAAGUCCCUAAUACUUACAGAAUUGGGCUCCUUUAUUUCUCCUGUAUAGAGGGAAAAUGAAGAGAAAAGAAAUUAUUUUGUAGUCUUUUCUAACAGAUACAGGAUAAAAAGAAAGAUAAAUGCUACACGAAAUACACAUACAACAUACACGUGAGGCAGGUAUGGCCAAAUGUGUUCAGUUGACAGGGCAGUACCUUGUGAUAAUUAAAUUAUAGACAAAGUCUGGUUUAUCAAUAAUCAUACUAACCUUUUUUUUUUUAUACAGGGUUACAUUUUAUAUUUCCUGCUUGUAAAAAAGCUUUGGAGGAACAUUCAGAGUAAUAAAUGACAAUUACAUACCCAAUUCCUACUGAUUAAGUCCCAUCUGAAAAUCUCUCCCAUGGCCAUUUACCACAUAGAGUGUUUUCCUUUAUAUACUGAUUAUUUGUCUGAUAUUUAGUGAAAACAGACUGACUGCUAUAUGCUGUACAAGAGACCACCUGCACUGAAGGUCAAAUAAUUGAUUUAUGGAAAUGCUUUUUUACAUAAUAUGUUUAAGCAAAAUACCUUGUUUAGUUCAGAUCUAACAUGAUUUGCUCUGUGAAGGUUUUGCUGUCACCAACCAUGCUGUCAGCCCCCUGCAAAUCCUUUGUAACCUUUCUCUUAUUACAUAAAAUAAAAAACAAUUUAGAGUCUGAGACAACCUAACCCUGAAGAAGUAAUGUAUUGAUGAAGUUCAAGUACUCCGCUGAUUUCAAAUUGGCAGGAGUCUACUUCAAACUUUGCACUCUAGAAAAAUGCACUCUGAUUUUACACUACCCAUUUAAAAACCCAAAUUAUAUCAGUAGAUGUUUUAAAGUGGCAAUUUGUGUUUAUGCUCAGAAAGGAAGUGACAUUUACUUUUUUACUCCAGCAUUUUGAAAUCUUGGCACUUAGGCUACAUAGGGCUCACAGAUACAGAAUAAAUAGAAAGGCAGAGACUGCACAUCCCCAAUGUAUGGUGCAACUGAGGUCCAUCUCAGCUUCGCAUAACAGAAGGACAGCUUGGGGUGGGCAGCAGGAGGCCACUGAAUCCAAACUAAUCACUCAAACUCUAUGCAAAGUACCCUACUCCAGGUAUAUCAGAAACUCAGCCACUAUCCUAAGGUGUAACCAAGGUAGCUGCCAUCAAGAGACUACAGAGGUGCCAGAGCCCCAGAAAUUACAUGAUUGCCAUAACUCUGUGUAGGUUACAAGGAUUAGAGAAUGCUCACUGAGAUGUAAUUCAGAAGGGGAAAUAUGAAAUUAAUAAUAUUGAAUUGUUUAUAUAGUUGGUUGUACAUUUUUUUUCUAAUUGUUCUUGUGUUUAUUGGAAGGAGUGCUCAUAAUGGAAUGCCAAUUUUAAAUGUUACAUCUACAAAGGUUAGAGAAAUCAAAAUCUCAGUCUCAAUCUGUCAUUCUGUCAUUUUGAAAAACUUGACCUGAGGAUCUAACACACUGAUUUUGCAAAUAGCACUGUAUGCACAAUCCCAUUGUAAAGGACCCACUUUCACAAAGUUUCUGGCAGGAGUGAGGUGCAACCUUCAAAAUGUAGAUCAUAGUGUUUAUCUUUCACAAUGUUUGAAGAAAUCAGUACUUAUUUCCAAUCAUUGUUUCCAGUUUCAUGUAAUGAGAGACCCCAAAAUGAUAGAAGUAAGAAAAAUAAUUAGAAAUUUAAAAUUAUUUUUGAAGAAGUGCACAUGUAUCAUUUUCUCUCUCUUUUACUAGGUGGUUGGUAUUGGCUAUUGCCAUGGCACGGUUUUAUAUGCAGAAAGGAACACACAAAGGCUUAUAUAGAAGCAUUCAAAAGACACUUAAAUUUUUCCAGACAUUUGCUUUACUUGAGGUAGUCCACUGUGCAGUUGGAAUAGUUCGCACCUCUGUGCUUGUGACUGGGGUCCAAGUGAGUUCAAGAAUCUUCAUGGUGUGGUUUAUUACACAUAGCAUAAAACAGGGCAUGAAAUUCCUAUGUACUAAAUACAUCCCUGGAGCUUUUCAGCCUUCAGGCAUGGAAGUCUAUUACAAAAUUCCUUCCCUUUUAAAGAAAGGAAAAUUACUUGCGUGUAAUUCUUCUUCUCAGAAGAUCCAGAAUGAGGAGAGCGUUAUUCUUUUUCUGGUCGUUUGGACUGUGACAGAGAUUACUCGAUAUUCCUUCUACACAUUCAGCCUGCUCAACCAUUUGCCAUACUUCAUUAAAUGGGCCAGAUACAAUUUUUUUAUCAUCUUGUAUCCUGUUGGAGUUGCUGGUGAACUGCUAACUAUUUAUGCUGCCUUACCAUAUGUGAAGAAAACAGGCAUGUUUUCACUGAGACUUCCCAACAAGUAUAAUGUCUCUUUUGACUACUACUACUUCCUUAUUAUUAUCAUGCUCUCCUAUAUACCAUUGUUUCCACAACUGUACUUGCAUAUGUUGCGACAGAGAAGAAAGGUGCUUCAUGGAGAAGUGAUUAUAGAAAAGGACGAUUAAACCAACCUUUUUAACUACGGUGCUUUUUAAAGAAUAUCAAGGAUUAAAAACAAAAAACUUCAUGUGAUCUUUUUGAGUCCACAUUUUAAAUCAUGGAACAAGAAUAAAUAGCUGUUCACGAAAUACCAUGGAUUGUAUUAUUUUGUAAAAAUUAAUAUAUCUUCAGACUGUGUUUCGUCCUUGGUUUCACCUUUUGGUUCUUUUCGUCUCUUCAUGUCUUCAGACAAACUGUUUUCUUCCCUAUUUUUUAUAUAAGGACAUUAAUAAAUAGUCAGCAGAUUGAAUAUUUGCUGAAUUGCUUUCUAUUAAGAAACUUUUUGUAGUUAGUUGGAAUAAAAAAGGUUUGAUGAGCUAUAUUGUUGAGUAUUCUAGGAAAUAUUCAUAAAUCAGGUUAUUUUUUUUCAUAGGAUAGGUGGCUUGCAUAGGAUAGGUGAAAUUGUAUCCUUCAUUAUUUUAAAAAUGAAAAUGACCUCAUUUUUGCCAAUAUUCACAAAUGAUAAUUUAGUGUAUCAUAAGUCUUAUGAGAAAACACUGCUAAAAGUAGUCAUUUUAUACCAAAGAUGAGAUAUAAUUACUAAGCAUCUAAUUCUGCCACCCUUUCUCACAUUAUGUAGUACUUCUUUUUUUAACUGUCCUGUAAUAAUUGCCAAACUGCUAUAGAGCAUCAGUAUGGAUAUUAGAAUCAGACCUUUCAAUAGGCCUGAUCCUAAAGUUGGAUUCUGCAUGUGUGCAGUUGCCUAUGUUACCAAAUUCAGUUGUGGAGCCAGGGCUGUACAGUGCUACAGUCUUUUAAUAGUAGGUUUUUAUCUUUGAAGAAUCAUAGACUAAUUUUAAAGCAGUCAACCAUUUGGUGCCCAUGCAAAUGUAGGGCUGCAUACUUUUAAUAUGGAGUUGUCAAAGAUAAUUAAAAAUAGUAGAUGGUAUUUAAUGGGCAAAAAGAAAAAUGAUAUGGAGGAGUGAUAUAGAUGUACCUACAUUUUGCCCAUUAAAGGGCCUGUUUUGGGGGUUUUAUUUAUAUUUUUGUUUGUUCUGUUCUGCGAACUGAAACUGCUUAUAAGUCUGUUCUGUAUUCUAGGUUUAGAGUAAAAAAGGGAAAGUAAAUGUGGACCUACAUGCAAAAACUAGUGAUGACAAAAUCCUUUAUUUAUUUUGAUUAAUCAAAUGGGAUAAAAAUAGAAGUUAUUUUUUUUUAAAGUUGAUGUGUAAAUUAUAUUUUGAAUCAUCCCAUUAUGCAAUUAUAAUUGCUCCUUCAAUAAAUUGUUUCAUCCUCUUCAUAAUGUAAUCAGCAAACAGUUUUGGAUCUGGUCCUGUUUAACAUCUUUAAUAAGCUAUAAAAAGGUUUGAACAACACAUUAAUGAUGAUCAUGGAUCAUAUGAAAGGGGAUGAACACCAUCAUGGACAUAAAGAUAAUACAAAGAAGCCUAUAAAUGUUUGAAAUGUGGUCAAAAAUUUAAAACAAGAUUCAACUUGGAAGGUGUGUAGGGGGACGUGGGGGAAGCAAGUUGUUAUAAAUAAAGAAAUUUAGAUAUUCAAUAAGAUGGAGAAAUUUGGAAAGCAAAAAUAUUGGAAGAACACUAAGCAGACAGCAAAUUAGAUACUUAUUCACAACAUGAUGUGGCACCAAAAAAAAGACAAGUUCAAGGUUAGGUGUAUUUGCUGAAGUGUCACAUCAAACAGGGAACUGAGUGACUGCUAAAAUCCCACCUAGAAUAUUCUUCUAAAUUCUGCAUGUCUCACGAGCAAAGUGCAGAGGAUUGUUGGGUGGAGCAGAUACCAGCAACACAAAUAAAUUUAAUGCUCAGGAAUAAGAAAUAGGAAGGAUUGACUUAAAGGCUUUAAAUAUGCAUGGCUUGGUUCUGUGAGAACUAUUUGAGGAGGAGGAAUUAUUGUAAUGAAAGAAGUAGGUGUAACUGAGAGUCAUAUAGAAUAAGAAAAGAAACAUACAGAGUGAGUACCAGGUCAGGUGUUGACCAUCAGCUCAAUCGGGCUAUGAAGUAAUACUACAAGCCAAGUCAUGACAGCUCCAUUUCACAGGACAUUUAAAGAUAGAUUUGAUUGGAUACUAGAAGAUGUUUAGGUUGCCUAGUUCAACCUGCAACCUCAAAGGUGGUCUCCAUUUUUAAUUUCUAUGAUGCUUUGAUAACAUACCUGUACUUUUAAAAAGACUGGAAACAUCUUCCUUAUACAUCUAAGGUUUGAAUGAAGAAAUUUAUUACAUCCCCAGCACAAGUUUCCAAUUUUAUGCCUUAGGCUUGUCAUAGUUAUCUGUUACAUGCAAACUACCUUCCUUUUAAAUGACUGGUGUACAGUGGACGUGACAUGAAAUCCUAGUAUUUUUUUGUUUCAAAGUGGUAUAUUCUUCACUUUUUUUAAGCAACAUAUUAAUUCAAGGUGCUCUAAGUUAAGUUAUUAAAGUACUUGUUUAAUUCAUAUGCAGCUGAAAUUGUUUAAUGUAUUAAAUAUACAUCAUACUUACAGUCUUGAUUCACAAAAUAUUUACACAUUCAAUACCUGUUUGGGCUAAAGGUUUUAUCUGUUAAGUGGCUUUUUUCAUAUUUUAAGCAAUGGAUGCAAUUGUUCAUAUAAACUUCUCAGUUUGCAUAUUGUUCCAUAUGGAGCAUCCAGGCAGCUUUUAACUACGUAUUUCUUAAUUAGUAAGUAAAAAUAUUUUAUGGAAUAUGAAAGAAUAAGAUCAGGUUUUGUUUAAUGAUAGUUUAGUCUCUUCUCAUUGUGGUGUCAGCUCACUGAAGCCUAUGACUAUCUAUUUGUAUGAAAUGUACUGAAUAUUCCAAAGGCCUGAUCCUGCAACACUUACUCAUGUGAGCUUGUCCCAAGGAGACUAUUCCUAUGAGUACAAGUUGAAGGGCUGACCUCAACCACUGUAUUAUUUAUGUUGUAUUUGUAUUGUGUUCAGUUUGAGGAUAUCAUGCAAGGUACAUAAAACUACUGUAGGCAUUUUGAUACUCUUUUGUACUGCAACACAAAUUAAUACAAUGCCGUGUAUUGCAAUCGUGAUUUCUGGUUUGCAUAAAAACAACAAUGUGCUUAGUCCUGAAUAAUAAUAAUACACAAACAAGAAAAGCCAUAAAGUGAUUUACAAUAGCAGUAAAAUCUUACUGAACUGCAUUUCAAUAAACUGUGAAU